AUGGCGGCCGCGUGGGCCUGGGGAGGGGAAGUAGUUUUGACAGACAGUGCCCUGCCCUCUCUUCCACACUCUUUCUCCUCAUGGACCUCUCUGGAACUGGGCAGAGGAGAAAGGAGCUGCAGUGGCAAAUGCAGCUCUGCCCCUCACACCCACCCUCCCCUUCUCACCUUCUUUUCUCGCCUCCUACAGCCUGAUGGCACCAGCAAGGAGUGUGUGUUCAUUGAGAAGGUCCUGGAGAACAACUACACAGCCCUGAUGUCCGCCAAGUACUCUGGCUGGUACGUGGGCUUCACCAAGAAGGGGCGGCCGCGGAAGGGUCCCAAGACCCGGGAGAACCAGCAGGACGUGCACUUCAUGAAGCGCUACCCCAAGGGACAGGCAGAGCUGCAGAAACCCUUCAAGUAUACCACGGUGACCAAGAGGUCCCGGCGGAUUCGCCCCACGCACCCCGGCUAGGCUGGCCCCACCGCAGCCCCCCAGGCUGCCCCCAGGCCCACACUCACACUCACAGAGAACUGCAUCAGAGGAAUAUUUUUACAUGAAAAAUUAGGGAGAAGCUCUAUUUUUGUACAUUGUGUUUAAAAGAAGACAAAAACCGAACCAAAACUCUUGGGGUGGGGGGAGCGAUAAGGAUUUUAUUGUUGACUUGAAACCCCCUGUCUCUGACAAAAGACUCACAAAAAGGGACUGUUGUCAGCGUACAAGUGCUUGUCUCUCUCUAGGAACAGACAACUCUAAUCUCGUCCCCAGAGGAGGAUUUGAAGGAGGAAAACGUCGCUCUGAGAAACCAAAGUCCUUUUUCCCAAAGGUUCUGAAAG